CUAUUUCAGUCGUAUUUGACGUAGAAUUAGUUGUGUACGAGCUGUGCUAUCUUAAUUUUCUUGGUUAUUUACAUCAAAUGUUCAGUUAGUUUCUACUGCAGAAUGUGAUACUCUUUCCCCCCUAUUUCAGUGGAGCUUAUUAUUUUUACGUGUUCGCAAAGCAAAAAGCACGGCAGAACUUUUCACGGGAGUGGGGGAUUCAAGCUUGAAAUUAAGUAUUUCUGGCUUGAAUUUUCGUUUUUGAUUAACAUCAGGGAUUAGUGACUGCAGUGGAUUUAUUUAAACCCAAUAUAUGAUUCGGAGGUGACACCAAAAGGAAUUUUACUUUUCAAUGGAUCAAGCACACAUUAAACCCGUGGAAGAAAUCCUCGCUCACUUUAGCGUGGAUGAAAAUGUUGGACUUACAGAUGAUCAAAUUAAAAAAUCAUUAGAUAAGUAUGGACCAAAUGAAUUGCCAGCGGAAGAGGGAAAACCAUUGUGGGAACUUAUACUUGAACAAUUUGAUGACCUCUUAGUGAAAAUUCUACUGUUAGCAGCUGUAAUAUCUUUUGUAUUAGCUUGGUUUGAAGAAUCUGAAGAACAAGUCACAGCUUUUGUAGAACCUUUUGUUAUUUUAACUAUUUUGAUAUGCAAUGCUGUUGUGGGAGUGUGGCAGGAGCGAAAUGCCGAGAGUGCAAUUGAGGCUUUAAAAGAAUAUGAGCCUGAAGUUGCGAAAGUAAUCCGCCAAAACCACAGAGGUAUUCAACGGAUAAAAGCCCGGAACUUGGUCCCUGGUGACAUUGUUGAAGUGUCGGUUGGUGACAAAGUACCUGCAGAUAUCCGAGUUGCUGCAAUCCAUUCCACAACCCUCAGAGUAGAUCAAUCAAUUUUAACAGGAGAGAGUAUCAGCGUACUAAAACACCCAGAUCCUAUUCCUGAUCCACGAGCAGUCAAUCAAGACAAGAAAAAUAUUCUUUUCUCGGGAACUAACAUUGCUGCAGGAAAAUGUCGCGGUAUUGUCAUAGGCACAGGAUUGAGCACAGAAAUUGGAAAGAUCCGAAACGAAAUGAUGGACACCGAAACAGAGAAGACACCACUGCAGCAGAAGUUGGAUGAAUUCAGUAACCAGCUCUCCAAGGUGAUCACCAUCAUCUGUGUGGCUGUGUGGGCCAUCAACAUCGGCCACUUCAACGACCCCGCUCACGGAGGUUCCUGGAUCAAGGGAGCCAUUUACUACUUCAAGAUUGCCGUGGCACUGGCUGUCGCUGCCAUACCUGAAGGUUUGCCGGCCGUCAUCACAACAUGUCUGGCUCUUGGUACAAGGAGAAUGGCCAAGAAGAAUGCUAUCGUGAGGAGUCUCCCCUCAGUAGAAACACUGGGGUGUACUUCAGUUAUCUGUUCAGACAAAACAGGAACUCUAACAACCAAUCAAAUGUCUGUAUGCAAAAUGUUUUUAUUCAGCAAGAUUGAUGGUAAUGACCUAAAGACAAACCAGUUUGAAAUCACUGGAUCAACUUACGCACCUGAGGGAGAAGUCUACCUGGACCAAAAGAAAAUAAAGACUGCCGACUACCCAGGUCUUGAAGAACUGGCGACAAUUUGCUCCAUGUGUAACGACUCCAGUGUGGAUUUCAACGAUACCAAGGAUUGCUAUGAGAAGGUUGGAGAAGCCACUGAAACUGCCCUGAGUGUUCUGGUGGAGAAGAUGAACCCGUACAACACGGACAAGACCGCUCUAAACAAACGUGAGCUGGGUACGGCCUGCGUGCACGUCAUUCAGCAGAUGUGGAAGAAGGAGUUCACACUGGAAUUCUCCCGUGACAGGAAGUCUAUGAGUGUGUACUGUGUCCCCAACAAACCCACCCGAACGCCAGGCGGAGCUCGCAUGUUCUGCAAGGGAGCAUCAGAAGGACUGCUGGACCGCUGCACGCACGUUCGUGUCGGUGCAAACAAAGUGCCCAUGUCUCCAGCCAUCAAGAAUGAGAUCAUGAAAUACACCAAGAUCUACGGAACAGGCCGAGACACUCUGCGUUGUUUGGCUCUGGCGACCAUCGACAACCCUCCAAAACGUGAAGACAUGGAUCUGGAAGACUCAAGGAAGUUCAUCCAGUAUGAAACCAACAUGACAUUUGUUGGUGUCGUUGGUAUGUUGGAUCCCCCUCGUGAGGAGGUCAAGACAUCCAUCGUGGACUGUCGCAAUGCUGGAAUUCGUGUCAUUGUUAUCACUGGUGACAACAAGGCUACUGCUGAGGCAAUCUGUCGGAGAAUUGGCAUCUUCAAGGAGAACGAGAACACCGAAGGUCUGUCGUACACUGGACGAGAGUUUGACGACCUGGGACCUGAGGAACAGCGCUCGGCAUGCAUGAGAGCACGCCUUUUCGCACGGGUCGAGCCUGCACACAAGAGUAAGAUUAUCGAGUUCUUGCAGGCUGAGGGUGAAAUAUCUGCCAUGACUGGUGAUGGUGUGAAUGAUGCCCCUGCUCUGAAGAAGGCUGAAAUUGGUAUUGCCAUGGGUUCUGGAACAGCUGUUGCAAAGUCUGCUGCAGAGAUGAUAUUGGCAGAUGAUAACUUUUCUACAAUUGUUGCUGCUGUGGAAGAAGGCCGUGCCAUUUACAACAACAUGAAACAGUUCAUCAGAUACCUUAUUUCGUCCAACAUUGGUGAAGUGGUGUGCAUCUUCUUGACAGCGGCUCUUGGUAUCCCCGAAGCUCUGAUUCCCGUACAACUCCUGUGGGUGAACCUUGUCACUGACGGUUUCCCUGCCACAGCCCUCGGAUUCAACCCUCCCGACCUUGACAUCAUGAAGAGACCUCCAAGGAAUCCCAAAGAGGGCCUCAUCACCGGAUGGCUCUUCUUCAGAUACAUGGCUAUUGGAAUCUACGUUGGUUGUGCAACUGUUGGUGCUGCUGCCUGGUGGUUUAUGCUGUACGACAAGGGCCCCAAACUGAACUACUACCAGUUGACUCACCACAUGCAGUGUCCUGCUGAGCCGAAGAUGUUCCCCGGAGUGAACUGUGGUAUAUUUAACGACCCCCACCCUAUGACUAUGGCUCUAUCCGUGCUAGUCACAAUAGAGAUGCUCAAUGCUCUCAACAGCUUGAGUGAGAACCAGUCACUGUUGGUGAUGCCUCCAUGGUCGAACUGGUGGCUGAUGGGCGCCAUCGGUCUGUCCAUGACCCUCCACUUCGCAAUCCUCUACAUUGAUGUCAUGUCUGUGAUAUUCCAAAUCACACCACUUGGUGUUGAGGAAUGGUUGGCGGUCUUCAAGAUAUCAAUACCCGUUAUCAUACUUGAUGAGACACUCAAGUUUGUGGCUCGCAAGUUUGCAGAUGGUAAAUUAAAAGAUGUUCUAUUUGAAGCUCACUGGAUGGUGCUUGUAUGGGUUGUGUACAUUGGAGUGUGCUACAAAAGCCUAGUAUGAUACGUAGCCGAGUAGCUCUGUGAUAUCACUGUCAGUCAUGCUCUCGCCUGUUUCUGCUCGCUCGCCCGCCCGCUCACCCACUCUCCCACUUACACUCAGGAGAUGGUUCCUUCUGUUGCACCUAAUUCUAACUGUGGUGACAAGUCCUACUCACAACUGGAAUUCUAUCUCUCUUUUUUUUUCUUUUUUUUAAUCUUAUGCUUAAAAUAUAGCAGUUUGCUUUACACUGGCAUCUGCUGAUGGGUAGUCAGAAGGAGUGUGCACACCAACAAAAGGUUACAGGUGUUGAAACAAAGCAAUUUUUGUGUGAUUUAAAAAAAAAAAAAAAAAAAAUAGUGUAUGUUAUAACUGCAAGAGCCGUAUUUAGUUUUAACAAAUCAAACUUCCUGGAGUGUUUUAUAUUUUUAUGAUGUACAUAGUUUUGAUGUCCUUUUUGCAUAUUGCGUGUUUUUGCAUUACAUUUGUUUGAAACCACCUACAUUAUUAGUUUCCAUUGGUCAUAAUUUAUCAGACAUAGGUUGUAAAAGAGACGUGAUUUCUGUAAAAAAAAAAUUUCAUUCAUCAGCAUACGUUAGUUUCCUUGGGUUUUGUACAGUAAUGCUUUAGAAAAGCUGGGUGAAUCGUCUGUGAAUAUAUAAAGCAGUCACAUAGUGUCUGUCUCACUGAUGCGCAGUCAUGAUUCAGUGUUACAGUUCGCCAAGUCAGUAAUUUACCCAUUAAAACUAUGGUUUACGUUAAUUAAUACUGUAAAAAAUUUAGUUACUACUAAACAUGGUAACAUAACCAAUGACGUUUUAAAAAUAUUUACAAAAAAUGUACACUAAAAUUCUUUGUCUACAAAAUCAUUACUAUCAAACAUUUUAUCAUUGUUACAUUUUCAUAACUGAUUUCCCUUAGUUGGACGGUUUCCAGAUGUAAAGAUUACCAGUAUAUGUAAUCUUUUGUCUUGUUUUAAAAUAGAGACGUAUAGUAUUAAAUACUGCUUGAAAAAAAGAUUACAUUAUUACAGGCCAGUUUUUUCUGAUUCUUUACUGUUACUUUGUAAAUAAAUAAAAAUUACAAUUGAAUAAAAUGUCGGCAAAAUGGGGGUUUUAGAUUUAUUUUUAGUUGAAACUUUGGAAUAAACUUUUUUUAUUUAGUUCAUCAUUUAAACUUGACUUUAGGGAAUAAAUUUUAAACUGCAAGUACGAUUGCACUAGAUUUUUUUUUUUUUUUUAAAUUUAAAAAUAAAGUAUGAUUGUGUGUUUUGUCUGUGCCAGUCUCCGUGUUACUGAGUGUUUGGUGGGGACUCUAAAUUAUACAUUUAAUCUUCCUCCUCUAUGUUGUCAAAAGGAAAAGGGGUUAUUGGAGAUGGGGCUUUUCAACUAAAAGUGUAUUGUUAACAAGUUUUGUUCGUGUGGUAUUGUAAUCUUCGUAUUUCGUGAUUAUUAAAAUAAUAAACCAAAUAAGCAGAAAAAAUGUUGGUUUCAUUUAAUGUAAGGAAUAGGCCUACCUAAUCGUUCAAGUUAAAUAUUAGUUUUGCACUCUUGUUUGACUGUUGUAAUUUUGUUGGUGUUAUUUAUGAAUUUAGCCUAGAACAAUAAUACUUACAGAAUAUAAUAUAUUGUGCAUAUUUUAUUGACCAUGGUUGUUUUUAAUGUUUAUUUUAACUAGUACUCAGGAAGUUUGGGCAUUGUUUAGAUUUUUCAGUAAUGAAAUUAAUUUAAGAAUUGAACCUUAUUAUUUUUUAUAUUCGUGGAAGUUGGAUCUGCAGAAAUGCUUUGCACAAUUUGUGAAUGACUGGUAUAUUGGUGCUAAGCCAUUCAUUGUAAAGGCUGUGUAGGAGUUGUGCAGUUCAUAUUUCCAGGAACUUAAAAAAUUAUCAACUUCAAUUCUUAGGAUUUGAAGUGUAUAAUAGUAUGACAUCAUAUUGCAACAAGGUAUGUCGUUGCCCCAUUUUUUUUUUUUUUUUUUAUUAUUAUUUUUUAAUUGUACUAAUCUUUCACUAUUAACAAAGGAAAGCUAUGAAUAUGAUCCACUUUGUUCCCUUCUUUUUGAUAGUUGCAGGACAAAUCAAAUCGGCCAUUUUAACCAUACUAUAGUGAGAUGAAAUCUUUAAUUUUGGAUGGGAUGGGAGUUCUUUUGUUGACCAGUCAUUUUGCUGCUGAUGUUUUCUUGGGAAUUUCGAUUUGUAAGCAUUGGUGAAAGCAAUGAAAAUUUUAUUAUGUUAUAAGUAUGUGUUUUCUUCUCUUCUUUUUUUAAACUUUUUUUUUUAAAACAUUUUUUUCUUUUUAAAAAAAAAUAAAGUAAAAUGAUAUGUAGGAUAAUCCAAACAUCAAAAAUGAAGAGCGCAUUUGCAACUUGUAAUUAUAUUAAAUUUAGCCAUUAAGUCUCGAGUGAAAUUGUCUUGGGGUCAAGUUUAAAAUAAGACUUAUUUUUUGUUAGAAAGACUUAUUUUUGGGGUUAAACACUAUUUAUCUCUGUAAAAUAAUGGGAGUACUGUUACUGUUAAUGGCAGUUAAUAUUUUUUUUAAGACCAUGCAUCAUGUUUUUGUAUGGGUAAUUGCUCAAACUUCAGUGUCUGAAGUGUUAUGAAUAUUUAUUUGUAAAUAUUUUACUAACAAAUUAGGACAUUUUUAAAGCGUAUCUGGCAUUCAGUUUUAAGAGAUUAAUGUAGUUUUGUUGCAAUGAUUUUUUUCUCUUGUUUUUUCUUCUUUUUAAAAAAAUCAAAAUGUCACCAAAACAAAUCUUUUUAUUCUUGGUACUUGAUAACCUUCAACAUUUGAAAAAUAAUCCUAAGAAUAAUACUAUAUUCUUACACUAAUUGUAGAUACUUACUAAAACUUUUCUGUGCAUAAAAUAUAUAAAAUUUUCAAAAUUGAACUAACUUGUUUCAGCAUUGGCAGUUCCCAACAGAUUAAUAGAUUAUUUUUUAAAAUAGGAAAUCUGUUUUGUGUUGUCUUUAAAAUGUAUUAUAUAUUUAUGGUUGCAUUAAAAGAUUACAACUGUACUAGCAUCUAAUUGAUUUUUUAUAUGCUAAUAUUACAAUAAUCAUCUGUUAGGCAGCAAAUAAUUAUGUUCACAGAAAACCUUUUGUAAUAGACGUUUUUGGUGAUUCUAUUGUCCUGUUCAAUAAAUUAUCAUUCUUUGGUAUCAUACUAGAGCAUGUUAUCGACUUGUAUGGAACAUUGUACAGAAAUAAAGAAUUCUUUUGA